CCCGGGACCCCCCCGACCCCCCAGGACCCGCUCUCCAUCCAACCGGCCCCCGACCGCCCGGCCCUUGCAGGGCCUUGCCCGGGACACCGACGAUGAAGGAUGGAAGCUUCCUCCGCCGCCGGCUCUCCCUCGGCCCGGCCACGUCCACACCCCAGAAGAGCGAUCCCCGGAAGCUGAGCCGGAACCUGCUCUUCGGCGUCGAGAAUGACCUCUUCCCCUUCAGCCCAGGGAAGGACGUGGAAGGACACAACCCCCUGGUGCUGCAGGACGAGGAGGCCCAAACUCUGGUGUCCAUCUCCAAGGCCCAACAGACGGACUACAAAUUCUGCAACGGGAUCGACCGGGACAGGGCCACCCCCACCCCGGAGGUGGCUAGGAAGGAGAGGUUAAAGGUGCAGAAGCACAACUAUCGUCAGGAGAAGAAGCGAGUGACCAAGCAGCUGGUCAGCGCCCUGCGGGACCCCAGCGUGGCCAUCAUGGCUGACUGGCUCAAGAUCCGGGGGGCCCUGAAGAGCUGGACCCGGCUGUGGUGCGUGCUGAAGCCGGGGGCUCUGCUGCUCUACAAGACCCCCAAGAUGGACCACUGGGUGGGGACCGUCCUGCUCCACUCGUGCGAGCUCAUCGAGCGUCCAUCCAAGAAGGACGGCGUCUGCUUCAAGCUCUUCCACCCGCUUGACCAGUCCAUCUGGGCCGUCAAGGGCCCCGAGGGGGAGAACGUGGGAUCCAUCACCCAGCCGCUCCCCAGCAGCCACCUCAUCUUCCGGGCCUCCGAGUCCGACGGUCACUGCUGGCUGGAUGCCCUGGAACUGGCCCUGUGCUGCUCUAGCCUGUUCCGGCUCAGCACAGCCAAGAAUGGCAAAGACGGGGAGCCCGACGUUCCGGGGGACCCAGCCCAGGCCCCCCUGAAUGGCCUCCUGCUCACCUCUACCCUCUCUGACCACGAGCUCUUCCAGCUGAACGACGCGGCCCUGGAGAACGGCGGCCUGUCGGACAGGUGGGGGCGGGAGCCGGCCGAGGAGUCGGAGAACGAGGGUCCCCGGGGGGACCGCAAGGCCAGCGAGAGCGAGCAGUCGGAGAGCCCCGGGGAGCGGGGGUCGGCGGGGACCGCCGCGACCACGUACGUGGAGCAGGCCUACGAGGAGAUGGGCGAGCCGGGCGGCUCGUCGCAGACGGAGACGGUGUCGGAGGAGAACAAGGGCCUCAUGUGGCCGCUGCUGAAGCAGCUGCGGCCGGGCAUGGACCUGUCCCGCGUCGUGCUGCCCACCUUCGUCCUGGAGCCCCGUUCCUUCCUCAACAAACUCUCCGACUACUACUAUCAUGCCGACCUGCUGUCCCGGGCUGCCCAGGAAGAAGACCCCUACUGCCGUCUCAAGCACGUCCUGCGCUGGUACCUGUCCGGCUUCUACAAGAAGCCAAAGGGCAUCAAGAAGCCGUACAACCCCAUCCUGGGAGAGACCUUCCGCUGCCGCUGGUAUCACCCACAGACCAACAGCCACACGUUCUAUGUCGCGGAACAGGUCUCGCAUCACCCACCCGUGUCGGCCUUCCACGUGAGCAACAGGAAAGACGGCUUCUGCGUCAGCGGCAGCGUCCUGGCCAAGUCGAGGUUCUAUGGGAACUCCCUGUCGGCUCUUCUGGACGGGCAGGCCACGCUGACCUUCCUGCGCCAGGAGGAGGAGUACGUCAUCACAAUGCCGUACGCUCACUGCAAGGGCAUCCUGUACGGAACCAUGACCAUGGAGCUUGGGGGAAAGGUGACCGUCAGCUGUGCCAAGAACAACUACCAGGCCGAGCUGGAAUUCAAGCUCAAGCCCUUCUUCGGCGGCAUCUCGAGCCUCAAUCAAAUCUCCGGGAAGAUCAAGUCCGGCGACGAGGUGCUGGCCAACCUCUACGGCCACUGGGACGGGGAAGUGCUGAUCCAGGACCAGAAGCAGGGGAGCACCGACGUUUUCUGGAACCCGACCAGAGAGGUCCGGCGGCAGAGACUGAAACGCCACACCGUGCUGUUGGAGGAGCAGGCGGAGCUGGAGUCCGAGAGGCUGUGGCGGCACGUGUCCGGCGCCAUCCACAGGGGCGACCAGCUGACGGCCACGCAGGAGAAGCUGGUGCUGGAGGAGGGUCAGCGCGCCAGGGCCCGGGCCCGCAGGGAGGCCGCCAUCGCCGGCGCCGGGGAGGACUGGAGUCCCAAGCUCUUCUGGCACGAUGCCACCUCGCACCGGUGGCGCUACAGAUACGAGGACCUGAGGCCGUGGGACCCUCAGCACGACCUCGCCCAGUUCGAGAAGGACGGGAUUCUCCAGACGGAGAGGAGACCCACCCCGCUCAGCCGGCCACCCCACACCCCUAGCAAGGGUUCGGCCCAGAGCCCCCGGGCCCGCAAGGCCAGCGACCAGCCGUCGACGGCGAGCCAGACCACCGACAGCAGCGGCUCCACCCCCGAGUCCGCGCCGGACCUCUCCGACGACAGCGGGGCCAGUCAAGGCAGCGACUGGGCCUGUGCCCGGUGCGGGCAGGAGGCGGGGCACCUGCGGGAGAUCCAGGAGGCCGUCCUCACUCUUCAGAAAACCCAGCAGGACAUCCACAGCCACCUGGCCGCCCUGAACAAGAAAGCUCUCCGCCCUCACGCCGCCCCCGCCGGCUUCCUCCACAGCCCUCGCCUGUGGUUUCUCACCUGCGUCUUCCUCACCUGUCAGCUCGUCCUGAACUACACCUUCAAGUAGUCGCCCCGGCCGCCCGCGUGUAGGGCGACAGCGGUGGGUCCUCCCUGCCCCCCACCGCCCGGCCGGACUCCGCACCCUCCGCCCCCGGCCCCGGGGUCGGCCCCGGCACCGAGCACUUUAACCCGCACGGCCGCGGCGGAGCCGGCCGCACGGCGGGCGUGCCCCGCCUCCGAAUGUGCCGUCGCCUCUGCCCACCUUAACAGACCUCGCGCCUUGUGGGCCUGAAAAUCGAAGCCCAAUGUAGCUCUCCUCCCGCGGCCGGGGCUCCGUGCCCCGGCCUCCCUCCCGGCAUCGCUGGGGGCUGCCGGGCCCCGUUCAUCCCCCGGGCCCGCCGGGAUGGGGCCGUCCCGGGAUGAAUCGGUUGGGUCACGGUGGCACCUCCGAACUCCGUGGACCGUAGCCUCCGCACCUCUGCGGUAACCACCUCCCGGCGCCUCUGCCCCCGGCGGAUCGUAACCCUGGCACCUCUUGGCCCGCGGUCCGUAGCCCCGGCACCUCUUGCUCCGGGUGCGUUGCCCCCGGGGGCGGCCGGGGUUACGAGUUGGACCCUCGCGAUUGGCCCCGAGUCGGGUCGGGGGACGGGGACGCCCCCCAGCCGGUGACCUGUCGAGACGGGACCCCGCAGCGGAUCCAAAGAAACGCCGGCCCUUGGGCCCCGGAGCCCUGACCCUUCGGGGCUGGGCACCGUUCAGGUGGCCCGGGGUCAUCUCCGGGCACUGUUCAAGUGGCCCAGGGCCACCUCUCCGGGGACCCAAAUAGCUCCGAGCCCCAUCCGGUCCCUUUGGGGGGAAUCAUCCACCCAGUUGAUUUUGGGAUGGAAGGCCGCCGGGUCGACCAGUCUGGACCCGGCCCGAGCCCCCGCGUGUUUGUGUCCACGUGUAAGUGUGUGUAUGUCCACGUGUGUCUGUGUGCCGGUACGUCUGUGUGUCCACACGUGUGCCAUUCCGGACCAGAACCCACUGAAGAGAGCAAGAUUGGUUUGUAAUCAUAA